AUGCGCAGCAAGGUACCCCUAGGCAAGUCCUCACCUCGUCCUCACGUGCAGGUAAAUAACUACGGGCGAAUUAACUCGCCCGGCGAUGACAUCCGCGUAGCCAUGGCGAAGAACGCGAGCAAGGCGGGAAGUCCUACCGCCGCCUCCGGUGCGAACUGUGACGGGGAAGACGGAGACGAAGCACACGGCAACGACGCCGAGGAGGAUUGGCCGGAGAACGGCCACGAUGACAGCGCUUCGGGCGACGAAUUUGGUACUGCCGACAUCGAGGAGGACGAAUGGUGGAAUCAGCCGGUCGGGAGCGACGACGAGGUGGAAGAGUGGCGGGCUGGUGAUUCCGACAACGACGAAGGUGAAGAUGCUGGCGGUGACAACGCGGAGGCACAGGAAGCGGCGGUGGAUGCGAAUGAGGCUGCCGACGAGGCGGCGGCGGAACUCGAGACAGAGGCGCCUGCGGAUGCGGAGGCGGUGGCGGAGGCGAACAAGGUGGCUGCGGAUGCCGUCUUAUUUGAGGGUGAGGGCGACGACGACAACCCGCGGAGCCUUGGGACAGACGACGACGUUCCGCUACUGAAGCGGAGGCUGCGCCAUCGCCUACAGUCCACGACGAAGCGCGCCCGUGUGGUGCUCUGUGACGACGACAGUCCCGGGGAGGAGCGUCGCCCCCUACUCACCGCUGCGGAGAAGGGAAAGGCAAAGGUCGUGGAAGCCCCUGCUAAGUCCCCUGCUAAGGCCCCUGCAAAGGCCCCUGCUCGUGGCCGCACAAGCAACAAGAAGCGCAAGGACGACGAAGACCCUGGAUCCAGCAAGGGUGCGGUAAAGAAAAAGGCGAAGAAGGCGCCGAAUCCUGACGACAUCAUCGUCAACGAGGCGUUGGGCAGCGACGAUGAGUACGCGGCGGCGGCGGGCCCGAUUCCCACGUUCCCUGAGAAGGAGGCGCCGAAGGACCCCACCCUCCAUAAUCCCAACACCCGCCCACCUUCCCCUCGCAGCAAAGACACUACGAAGAAGCGCCGCGGCUGGACCGUGCGAAUCGCGGUCCAAGCACAGGACAAUGGGUGGAUGGACGAGAGCGCUGUGCAGACCUGGCUGUCCAAGGAGGUGCUUCCCCAUCUGAACCCCCAGCGCGGCAAGAGCGCGAGGCGUGCGAUGCUGGUGUUGGACUCCUACCGUGGCCACAUCACCCAGACCAUGCUUCAGUCGUACCGCACGCACAGCAUCACCCCUGCAGUCAUUCCAGCGGGUUGUACGAGCCAGAUUCAACCCCUGGACGUCUCCAUCAACCGGUGCUUCAAGGCUGCCGUGCGAGCGCGCUACGCCAGGCAGAUCAUCAUCGACGCGUUCCGCCACUGUGGGAUCUUCAGCAAGCUGGGCGGAACGGAGAACCACCUGGUGAUGUCUCACCUGCGCGCCAGGAGCACCACCGAUGUCUCCGAGGACAUGUCCCUCGGGGGGACCAUAGGCAACAACACGCGCCUGCUUCGGAAGGCUCCAGAGGAGGAGGAGGAGGAGGAGGAGGAGGAGGAGGAGGAGGAGGAGGAGGAGGAGGAGGAGGAGGAGGAGGAGGAGGAGGAGGAAGAGGAGGAGGAGGAGGAGGAGGAGGAGGAGGAGGAGGAGGAGGAGGAGGAGGAGGAGGAGGAGGAGGAGGAGGAGGAGGAGGAGGCGAUGCAGGCGGAGGGCGUGCGGGAGGUGGCCGUGGCAACUGGCCUGGAGGUGCUGUACCAGGAGACCCCCAACUACCGCGGAGCGGCAGCCGAGGCUGACCGCAUGAUCGAGCCAAGGGAGACGGCUAGGCAUGCCUGGCGAGUGCCAGACCUGGGCGUAGAGCCUGUUGCUAGUGCUGCAGAGGAGGCAGUUACUGAGGGGGGUUAG